AUGUCAAAUAGUUUUUUCCAACCGUCCACCUUUGAUCUGUCUGAUGAUCAGCACCAAGGCAUGCCAAACAGGUUUUCAGCAUACGUACUUGCGAACUAUCUGACUGAGGAGCAAGAAAAAUUUAGGCAAGCGGCAGCAGCAGUAGCCGCCAUGCAUGGUCUUCGCCGCCCUAACCCUAAUCUGGCCGCCACUACUCAUCAAAACCCUAAUUCAACCGUUAGGCGUGGGUCUAAUUUCAAAACCCAGCAGGGCGUGCGUCAGGAGUCGAGAAUUCAUAAGCCGCAGCCACAACAUAUUUACAAUAACAAUACUAACAAUAACCAUCAUCAUCAUCCCCGUUCAAAUUCCCAUGGCGAUUUUAUGGUUUACAGGUCACAAAAUCAAAAUCAUCAAAGUCGAAAUCAAAAUGCGUAUGCUGCUGCUUCUGCAUUACAAAAGUAUUCUCAAGCUCAGGCUCAUUAUCAGUUUGGCAUGCAACAACAAGUCGAACAUGCUUUUCGACUUGUAGUCAGCAGCAUAGGGCUGCCAUCAUCAACUUAUAAUCCCAUGCUCUUGAGCUCACAACCCGCGGUAGCGACGACGCUAACAAUGGGACUUUCUGGAGAGCUUUCUCAGCAGCAGCAUCAGCAGGCCAGCAAUUUUGUUAAUUUUGUGGGACAUAAAAAUAUGAAUCCAAUUCAGCCUCCCCAUAAUCCUACUACAAGAACUCUUACUCUUCAGGAAAUGGAUGAUGGAGGGAACCAACAGGAUGGCCUUGAUUUGUCCCUCAGGCUCUGA